CGUACUAACUUGAAAAUUGUUGUCAAGAGACAUCUUUGGAGGUCAGCAGAAAGCUAAGGAAAAGAAAGUUAUUAAUAGUUCGAAUUGACCUCUUUUUCCAAACGAAUUUUGGUGUAACCUAUAUUAAGAAGUGUUUAAGCCUCGACAGGUGGAGCAGGUUUUGAUAUGGACGCCGAUAACUACAAGAACGAUUCUCAAACAGAAAUGCUGUGGGCUAUUAAGGCUCAUCACCAUGCUGAAACAUACUUCAAGCUCAUUUCACAAGUAGAUGCCUCAAGACUUCAUUUAACAAAGUAUGAUGAUGACAUAUACCGGCAGUUCAAACGCUAUUUCAAAACAUUAAAGGUGGAUGUGAUCAAGGUAGAUGACCUGAAAUCUGAAGCAGCCAAAUUGAAGUGGAGGCCAUUUUGUAAUAUGUACGAAGGGAAGAUUGAUGAAUUCAACUUUGCAACGCUGUUGAGAAUUGACUGUUCUAAAGGUUAUGAAGAAGAAAAUACCAUCCUAGUUACAAGGAUCCAGUUCUAUGCGGUUGAGAUUGCACGAAACCGACGGGGUCUGAACAAGCCUUUAUUGGAGAAGUCUUCCGAUACUCAACUCGGUGCACAAGAUACCCAAGAAAGAUAACAUCACCGUGUAAAACAUAGGGUACUGGUUCAGAGUUUGUUACUCUUGGUGUAAUUGAUAUGAUACAGCAUUCUAAGAGUCACUUCAUUCAGUUUUAUUUGACAAGUGGGUUACCAUGAAACAGAUUAUACGUGUAGCUAUGGGUUACUCUAAGGUACCGUGAUUAUUGUUGCAGAUUGAUAAUCGUUCAACGUACACGAGUUUGAGUUCUGGGAUCAAAAUUAUAACUACAUGUAACAGACCGUCCUCCAAAAUAUUCCUGAAAGUGAAACCUACGUAACAUUAAACUACAAAGUAGCUAAUUAAAAUAAGCAUCCUAAGUAUGUGAUGAAUUUCCCUUCCUUUUCAUUGGCUGAGAGCCCGUCAGAAAUAGCCUGCUGAUAAUAGGGACUUCAAGCAGUCAGGACGGCAACGCCACGGAAGACGUCAAUUAAAAAAGAGUUUCUACUUUUAGUUAGAAUUUCGAACAU